GUCUGUGAUUGACGGACGGGCGGGUGAUGGCGGCGCGCUGUGUUUGGCUGCUGGGCCGCAGCGCGCUAAGGAGCGCGUUUCUCCAGAGAAGUGCGGUCUGCCGAGUGGCAGCAAACGGCUACGCCAAGAAAGCAGCUGUCAAGGGAAAAGGUAAGAUUGGAAUCAAAGAGGCUCUGCCAAGUCCAGAGGUAUGUAAGGAUCCUGCCAUUCUGACCACUCAUGCUGUGGGAGUGAAUAUCUACAAGCAAGGUGCAGACCCAAAGCUACUGCCAGAUUCUGAAUACCCCGACUGGUUGUUUUCCUUGAACAUUGGACCACCAAAGAAACUGGAUGAACUAGACCCAGAAUCCCCGGAAUACUGGAAAAGAAUGAGAAAACAACACAUGUGGCAACAUAACAAAGAACACAAAGGAAAGAAAUUCUGACACAAAUUUUGGGUGUAAGCCACAAGUAUCCAAUUCACUAAAGUGACGAAUGUCUUCAAAGGAAAUUUGAGCAGCAGUGGUCCUGUGGAACAAGCUGUCAAACCGACAAGGAAGACCUGUGAAGGAGCUGAACUUAAUUUUCUCAACUGUAUACAAUAUGACCCAUAUGGGGAAAAUGUGACUAACACUUGCAUUGCCGAUUAAUAAUACAAAAUAAAAAGAGCAAUAUUUUUUAUAAAAUAUUUU